UUCACGAGCUUUCAUUUAUCGACACUGCAACAACACGCUUGUGUAUCCCCAGAGCUAUUAUAGAAAUAUUCCCGCCCCGCGUACUGUACAGUUUACAACUGCAGUUUUCAGUUAAAAGUUUUAAAAUUUUCCGUUAAGUAUACUUGAAAUAAGAAUAAAAUAUGUCAGACAAAAAGCGAGUUCUUAUGAUCUGUUUAGGUAAUAUUUGUCGUUCACCUAUUGCUGAAGCUGUUUUUGCAAAUGUUAUUAAAGAAAAGGAAUUACAAGACGUGUGGAAGGUAGAAAGUGCAGCUUUGAUUGAAUAUCACAUAGGAAAAAGUCCUGAUUCCAGAGCUAGAACAACACUCAAGGAAAGGGGAAUUACUGAUUAUUCCCAUAAAGCACGUCCAAUCAAAACUGAGGACUUUCAUAACUUUGAUUGGAUUUUUGGAAUGGAUGAUGAUAACAUUGAGGAACUCGAAAAAAAAAAACCUGAAGGAAGUAAAGCUAAAAUUGAACUUCUUGGAAAAUAUGAUCCACAAGAAGAUAUUAUUAUAAGAGAUCCUUAUUAUGAUAAUGGUAUUGAUGGCUUUUAUAAAGUAUAUGAACAAUGUGAUAGAAGUGUACGAGCAUUUUUGGAUAAGCAUUGAAGUUAAUAUAUUGUAAGCCAAUGAUUUCAUAAUAAUUUUUUCUGUAUUGAAUAUAUAUUUUUAAUGAGGAAUAUUUUAUAGACGUCAUUAAUAAAAUAUAUUUUUUGUACAUAAUGAGCAUAUUAGAUUC